AUGGCGUGUUGUAUAAUGAAAUGUGUUUUACUGCUUUUGUUGAAUGUGUUGUGCUUUGGCCAAAAUAACUUCACGAUAACCCGACCAUCUAAAGGAAGCUAUCUUGAUAUAUUUAAAUGUAAGAUCGACUACACAAAGUCAAAGUUUUUCAAAUGCAACGACACUUGGAGACAACUAAGCAUCGCUCCUGACUACAGUAAAAUAAGGAUUGCUUUUCUAUCAAGAGUUGAUAAAAGCAAAGAUUAUAAAUAUUAUAUUUCAAUUGAAAAAUCCACAGCUCUUAAAGGUGCGUUUAUCAGCCUUUACUUUGAUUGCGUUUCCUCGUGUCUGCUUUUCAAGAUAGCUGGUGAGAUAACAUGUGAAGCUGGUGGUAAGGACUCUGAGAAAAGUGUUACUACAACUACAAAGAAGCCAAACGUUCCAGCUACUACUGGAAUCUCAACAACAAAGGUAUCACAGCUUACGACUAAAGAUGCUACAAGCAGCACAAGCAGAUCAUCGCCUGGAGUAGUUGCUGCAGUGGUCAUAGUUGUCCUCUUAGUCAUAAUUAUCGCGCUCAUCAUCGCCUAUGUGCUAUGGAAAAGGAAACGGGGUGAAAGAGUUUGGAUGGUUGAACAGUAUUUAAAUAUAGUGGCCAAAUUAAAACGACCGACAUCGAAGGCACCUUCACAACAACACGACGAGGAGGAGAAACAAACUGAUGCCAGUAACAUCUACGAGGAAAUACCAGACAUCACCUUCGUUCAAGGACGAACUACCGCACCAGAUAAAGAAAUUUCUUUUUCAUUGAACAAUUCCAAAUCCAUUCCAAGAGAAAGGCAACAAGGAAUAUCUAUGAGGAACGGUCGGCGGUCAAUAACUGACCUURAAGGAUAUGCAGUUCCAGUGGAGCUCAAUGGAAAACUUCAAUUCCACAGAAACCCCUCUAAGGACAAAUAUGACUACGCCUUACCAGACACUGAAUUACCCCAAUAUAAUGUAUUACAAGAGCCAUAUGCACAAGUCGAGGAUGGAAACACAUAUUCUAAUGCAAAUGAGGAAGACUAUGAUGUUCCUGAAGGUGAUUUAUCAGAUAAUAUUGUAUUGGGCAAGACGAAACAAGAAACAGGUACGACAGAAGACAAUGAAAUUAAAAAAACAAGUGAGAGAGAGUAUAGGCAUAGUGGUUUAGUUGAGGASGGCGAUGCUAGUGGUCCAAACAGUGCAAAUGAAAUAACUAGUAAGAAAGCAAGAAGACGUCCACCAAGUCCACCAAGAAAAAUAUAGUUMUUUGCUAUCAUGUAAAACAUUCAACAAAAUAAUACUUUUUCGUUUGUUGAGAGGAGUACGAUCACAGCGUUAUUUGUGCUCCUUAGGAGUACCGAUUAAGUCGUCAUAAAAAUUAAAAGAAAAAACAUUAUGUUUUGUACUUUCCAAUUUAAAAUAUGCCAUUGAAAUMAUUUGUAAACGCGUCCUUAGAUGUAUUUUAAUUUCUAUCAGCAGAAGUUAUGGAAUGAAAACCAACAUUAAACUUUG